AUUUUCGCACAUUUUCUGCUCCGACGAUACGUAAGUAAGAGGUCAACUGCGAGCAUUUUCGGCCCUGUCCCCGUUGCUGAAGCUGCACGAAAACCCUAUUUCUUGUCGUCUUCCCAAAGCUAAGGCAAAAUGGGAGUGGAAUGGGGAUAUUGUGGAAUUAUGCCUCUUUUCAUGGUUCUACUGUGCUGUUCACGUCUAUGUUCUGCGAUAGAGUUGCUGGCAAAUCAAACGGCCUCUUUAGCUGUCAAUGCUUCGCCAAAAUCUGCGCGGAAGAUGCCCGAUAAGUUGUUUGGAAUCUUUUUUGAGGAGAUCAACCAUGCUGGAGCUGGUGGAUUGUGGGCAGAGCUUGUAAGCAAUAGAGGAUUUGAAGCUGGUGGUUCUAACACUCCUUCAAACAUUGAUCCAUGGUCUACUAUUGGGGAUGAAUCAAAUAUUUUUUUGUCGACGGACCGAUCAUCAUGUUUUAUUCGAAAUAGAGUUGCUCUAAGGAUGGAAGUACGUUGUGACGAUAGGGGAACUAAUAGGUGCCCGGUGGGCGGUGUCGGGGUGUAUAAUCCUGGUUACUGGGGCAUGCAUAUUGAAGAUGGAAAAAAGUAUAAGGUGGUGAUAUAUGUUAAGUCAAAAGAUACUGCAAACAUUUUAGUUUCACUGAAAAGCUCAGACCGAUUAACUUAUCUUGCAGGAGAUACCAUCAGAACUGAUGCAUCUAAGACAUCAGAUUGGACUAAGGUGGAGCUCUUAUUGGAAUCUAAAGGAACAAAUACUAAUUCAAGGCUCGAAAUAACAACCACUAAGGAAGGUGUAUAUUGGCUCGAUCAAGUAUCAAUAAUGCCUGCGGACACCUACAAGGGACACGGGUUUAGGAAGGACCUCGGUUCUAUGCUAGAAAACAUGAAACCUCAGUUUCUUAGAUUUCCAGGUGGUUCUUUUGUUGAGGGAGAAAGGCUAAUAAAUGCAUUUCGAUGGAGAGAGACUGUUGGUCCAUGGGAAGAGAGGCCUGGUCACUUCAAUGAUGUGUGGAAGUACUGGACGGAUGAUGGAUUAGGAUAUUUUGAAUUUCUUCAACUUGCAGAGGAUAUAGGUGCAUCCCCAAUUUGGGUGAUCAAUAACGGGAUCAGCCAUAAUGAUCAAGUUGAUUCUUCAGACAUUCUACCUUUUGUCAAGGAUACCCUUGAUAGUAUUGAGUUUGCCAGGGGAAAUUCACGCUCAAAAUGGGGCUCUGUCAGAACAGCAAUGGGGCAUCCAGAUCCUUUUCAACUUAACCUAAUUGCAAUUGGGAACCAGGAUUGUUUCAAACAAAAUUAUCGAGGAAACUACCUGAAGUUCUAUUCCCUUAUAAAAGCUGCCUAUCCGGAUAUGAAAGUCAUCACAAACUGUGACGCUUCUUCUCAACAACUCGAUCAUCCUGCUGAUCUGUAUGAUAUUCAUGUUUAUACGUCGGCUUCAGACAUGUUUUCAAGGGUUCAUCAAUUUGAUCGGUUAAGCCGUACUGGUCCCAAGGCUUUUGUUAGCGAGUAUGCUGUGACUGGAAAAGAUGCGGGCAAAGGAAACCUCCGGGCAGCGUUAGCAGAAGCAGGUUUUCUUAUUGGGUUGGAAAAAAACAGCGACGCGGUUGAGUUGGCAAGUUGUGCGCCUCUUUUCGUAAAUGACAAUGACCGCAGAUUUAAUCCGGAUGCCAUAGUUUUCAACUCAUGGCAACAAUAUGGCACCCCUACCUACUGGAUGCAACAUUUCUUCAAAGAAUCAAGCGGCGCAAUCUUCCACCCCUCCAUUCUUCAAAGCACUUCAGCUUCUUCUUUGGCCGCUUCUGCCAUAACAUGGCUUAGUUCAGAAGACGGCCGGACUUACCUUAGAGUGAAGAUUGUCAAUUUUGGCAAUGAUUUUACAAAUAUUGAAAUUGUUUUGACUGGAUUACAAAAUGCCAUCAAUUCAUUUGGAUCAAAAAAAAUUCUGCUGACUUCACAGAAUUCUAUGGAUGAGAAUUCCUUUAAUGAACCAACAAAGGUUGUUCCAGUUUCUAGUAUGUUUCCCAGUGCUGGAACCAAGAUGGAUGUCAUCCUUCUCCCACACUCCCUAACUGCGCUUGAUUUAUUGCUUGAUUCCACUUCAUACAGGUCUGCAAUUUGAUUUAUUAAUUAUAAUGCUCAUGCAUUCUGAAAUUGCAGUGAAAUGUAAAUGUAAUUCAUGCAAAUUUGAGAUUUUAAUGAAUAAAAAUGGUGUAAUUAGGUUGAUUUGUGCAGUCCUUAUUGUUUUAUGCAUAU